CGAUUUUAAACUCUCCGCAUAACAAGAAAUUACUACUCUUUUCAAGGAUUUUCGCACAUAGUGCGGUGCGAUGGGCUACUACGAGGUGGGAAUUCUCCGCAAGCUUUCCAUCCAAUCUAAGUGAUUUAAUGGGAGCCCAGUGUUAAUUUGGAUGGCAUGACUUAGAUCUAUUGCCAACUCUGCGGCGUGAGCUUUAAUAUCAACCGUAUCAGGACCCGGGCUGAGCCAAGACAUGCCGGCUGGUCUGAUACGCAGUGUCCUAGAGACCAGUUGCGCUAUCACCUGGGGUCCAAAUAUUUCAAUUGUCCUACUGAGGGCAAGGAAUGUUGUGUAGCUGUCGACCGCAUGCAUAGUCUGCCGGUUACUCUAGGCACCCCCACAGUUAACCUCCCAGCGCCUCUUCAGUAUGACACUGAAUUUUUGCCACUGAGCGUACCCUAUAAAAUGGACCAAGACUAUGAGGAUUACGGUGGAGAGGCGGUAGAUAUGAUUAAGCUUGGCCGCGAGGCGUAUGAGCAUAUCGCCGGCCCAAGCUGUCGGCAACUUGAUGGAUAUAACGGCCACAACAUAUCUGUCGAGGAGAUGUUAGACUGUACGACUAUGCAGUGUUUAUAUGCCAAACCUGAGAAUUGGAUACCAAAUGCGGAAGAUAUGUACUUCGAAGGAUAUUCUAAGUACUACCUGAGCGGCUUAUCAGACCAUUCAAGCUCGGGAGGGUGGAAGCAGAUGUUUGCUCCUAUCCUCCAUGGAAGAGUACAGGGAAGCAUAGAUAACGACAACAAUUCAUGGAUAGACAGGAGCUGCAGAGAGAGUCCGGUGUGGUAUUCCACCCGGCAUGCUUCGAACUCUAUAGAAUAGUUAGCGAGGAUACCUUCGGAGCCGUCAAUAUGAACGGGUUAGUUCAGCUGCGAAACAUCUGCUGUACGAGAAACAGAAAUUUCUGCGACUGGGGGGAUGACGUUGAUCGCUGUAAAGAACAGUGCUGGCAGCACAUUCCUGGCACUGAGUAUCUCGUUGCGAACCCUGUUUUCAUUCCUGGCUUCAGAGAUAUAUGUGAGAACGCUCUCCAAACCAACAAGGAUUUUGACGUUCAACAGAGUGCUUUCUCCCAAAGAGAGCGGCAUCGAGAGCAUUCGGUUUCCGCAGACCCGUUCCUCAAGCUACCUACGGAGAUAGUUCAAAAUGUUGUGAGCUUUCUUAAUUCACAGGAAAUCGCUUCUAUGCGGCUUGCGUCUCAUGCAUUCGAGCACUUACCUAUAUCACUCUGGCAUAGGCUCAUUCUUGCGGAGAUGCCCUUUAUCUAUGAGGCACGGCUUAAAGAUGUUACGCCGUAUACAUGGGCUUCUCAAGACGUUAACAUGCUGCAGAAUCUCAGGAAAGAAGUAGAGGAGUGGCAAUCGCAACGCCAGAGAAAGGCUAGAGACCUAGAGCAUGAUCCUGAAUUGGAAGCCAAGUUUUUAGCUACGGAACCUGAAGUCCCUCCGUGGCAUACCGAAUCUAACCUUAAAAGGCUGAAAGAAAAGUCACUUAAGAUAAAGAAAAGGCUGCAGCCGAUUGCACUACCUCACGACAAAACCAAUUGGUACCAGUUGUACAGCGACAUCAUUCGCCAUUGGAAGGAUUUAAAGGGUCUGCAAAAUCGUGAGAGGAUAUGGGAAACUGUUUACGACAUCUGUGACGAAAUUAUCAAUAACGCAGUUGAUGAUAUGAUGAAGGAUCAAUAUGCCGUACUCAGGCGGGAUGAAUCUGAUGACAUGGAUGAGGCUUGAAGCAGAAAAAUUAAUUUAACUGGGCAUGACGGGUUAGGUUGCUGAAUUAGAUUUAAUUUGUCACAUUUUGGCGGAGGUUUCUACCACAAAGAGGCCAAACAUUGGCAUUAAUCGGAUUUCUCUGGUUCUCAACCAAAACAGCUCUAAAAACAGUUACUGAGAUCUCUCAAAACAUCAACAACCAGCUUGCUAAACAUGCCGCUCAGUCUUGAC